AUGUCCUCGCUCGCCUUCCUCAUGGCACUGCUUCUCUCUUGCAGCACCAUGAGCAGCGCGGCACGGUACCUGGAGGAGACGAAGCCUGCAGAGGAGUACCCGCCACAUCCGACCGCGCCGGAGAUCCCCAAGCCAGAACUGCCACCGCAUCCCACCGUGCCGGAGUUGCCCAAGCCUGAGCUGCCACCUCACCCCACCGUGCCAGAACUCCCGAAGCCUGAGCUGCAUCCACACCCUACCGUGCCGGAGCUGCCCAAGCCUGAACUGCCACCGCACCCUACUGUGCCAGAGCACCCAAAGCCUGAACUGCCACCACACCCGCCACAGCUCCCAAAGCCUGAACCGCCGCACCCCGCUGUGCCGGAGCUACCGCACCCUGCCGUCCCUGAGGUGCCAAAACCCGAGCUGCCCCACCCUGCUGCACCGGAGGUUCCGAAGCCAGAGCUGCCGCACCCUGCUGCACCGGAGGUUCCCAAGCCAGAGCUGCCGCACCCGGAGGUGCCAAAGCCUGAACUGCCGCCACACCCCACCGUACCAGAAGUGCCUGAGGUGCCAAAGCAUGACCUUCCGCCUCUGCCGGAGCCUGAGCUGCCAGCCAAGCCGGAGGAGAGCCACUACCCGGUGCCAGAGGCCAAGCCAUGA